GAGGCCUGAACUCUAGAAGACAGAGCUGGAAUAUCCUCCACCUCGUGUUUCUGGAAGCCUCCACUCGUUAUCCUCUCCUGUCUCCUCUGACACUUCACUCUCUGCCCUCGGAGGCGAUGAACUUUGCCCUCGGCUUCAGGCCCCCCCCAGCAGGCAGCUCGGGGCCCGGUGCCGGCAGCGGAGCCACCAUGGAGAACCUGGAGAAGCAGCUGAUCUGCCCCGUCUGCCUGGAGAUGUUCUCCAAACCUGUGGUCAUCCUGCCCUGCCAGCACAACCUCUGCCGCAAGUGUGCCAACGACAUGUUCCAGGCAGCUAACCCUCUGUGGCAGACCCGCGGCUCCUCUAGCAUCGCUGCCAGCGGCGGCCGUUUCCGCUGUCCGUCAUGUCGCCACGAGGUGGUGCUGGACCGGCACGGAGUGUUCGGUCUGCAGAGGAACCUGCUGGUGGAGAACAUCAUAGACAUCUACAGGCAGCAGGAGUCCUCCAGGCCUGUAAACACGAAGCCAGAGCAGCAGCAGCAGCAGCUGAUGUGUGACGAACACGAAGAGGAGAGGAUCAACAUCUACUGUCUCUCGUGUCAGACGCCGACCUGCUCCAUGUGCAAAGUGUUCGGACGACACAAAGACUGUGACGUGGCUCCGCUCAGCAGCGUCUACACGACUCAGAAGGCGGAGCUGCGCGACGGCAUCGCAAACCUGGUCGCCAGUAACGACAACAUGCAGACAGUGAUCUCUCAGAUAGAGGAAAUACGCCGCACCGUGGAGGAGAACGGUAAGCGGCAGAGAGAGCAGCUCGCCGACCACUUCGACGGCCUGGUGUCCAUCCUGGAGGAGCGGAAGCAGGAGCUGGUCGGUCAGAUUUCCAAACAACAGGACGACAAACUGAAACACCUUCGAUGCCUCAUCCAGCGGCACAGCGACCACCUGGAGGCCGCGGUCAUGCUGGUGGAGUCGGCCAUUCAGUCCAUGGAGGAGACGCACAUGCCUCUGUUCAUACAGAGCGCCACCGUCAUACUGGAGAAAAUGACGGAGGCGGCGAGGGCCUCGAACGUGGAGCGUCCGGAGCUCGGCUGCGAGAGCAUGAGCCACUUCUUCAUCGACACUGACGACCUGAUGGACAUGUUACAGAGAAUGGACUUCUGCUCUGGUGUGGGAGAUGAAGAGGAUUCUGAAGACGCUGGAGAAGAGUCAGAACUGGACUUUGGCUGCAGAUACUAAGACCAACCAGAGGUCCCUGCUGCGGCCCCGAGGGAACGAGACGCAGGAUUAUCAUAAUCCUCCAGGAACUGGAUCCACACAGUGUUCGAGAGGCCACGACAUCAGUCAGUCAGUCAGACUUUAUUCGUACAGAAGCCACGAUCACAAUCACACUUUGAUUAUAAGUUUUAAACGAGGAGAGAUAUUUUACAUAUAUGACAACCCACGAUCAGCGGCCUCCAUCAUUCAGGAUCACGAUCCCUGGUCCUCGAGAUCCUGGAUCUGCAACGACAAAGCACAAGGUCUCCUGGGAGGAAGUCGAGUCAGUAACGUUAAAGUGAUGAAGAGGAGGAAGAGAAGUCGAGCUGGUCCAAGGCCGACCUGAGGCAGAUCCAAAUAUAAAAGUCUUCAGUACAGAGAGAGUGAUUCAAGAAAAAGUGGAUGGUCAGAAAUCCUUCAUUCAUAAACCUCAUGUGUCUGUUUCCUCCUUCAGAUGCAGGAAGUCCGACUUGGCCGCAGUUUUACCUCCCACAUCGUGUUCUUUUGUUUUCUGCGUUAACACCCAGAUCAUUGUGUGUAAAUAUAUCUGCCUAUGUAUAGCUGACAGGAAACGUAUAUAGUGGAUUUAACUCUGUGGGAGGGAAAAGGUUUUCUUCACGCGUUCUCAUUCAGGAUUUAAAGCCCUGAUGUAGCAGAGGAUUCUGGAAAGUCCGCAGUGUUUGAGUUGUGUUCAGUUUUUAUUACUCGUUUUAAAUAAGUUACCGGAGAGAAAGAGAGAAUUCUCCUGUUUUUUUUUCAAUGGAUACAAAAACUGAAUGAGUGAAGAGGCUGAGCAGGAUGUAAAAAUGAGUGGGCAGAUAAUCGUGUUACUGUUCGUAUGGAAAUGUUGUUUUUGUUUGCGGGGGGGAUUCUGAAAGAGAGAGAGUGUGUGUGUGUGUGUGUGAGAGAGAGAGAGAUGAAGUGAAGGGAGGCAGGAGGUGGGUGAGGAUCAACAGAUAAUAUGUUCAUUAAAAUAAUAAAUAAAUUACGUGUUUUAACGAACUUUUCCCUGAAAAAACUCAAACGAUGGAAAUGUUUCUAUCUGGUUUUUAUUCCUUCACUGUUCCUGGAUGCAUUUUUUUGAGCUCUAUAACUUUUGAGAACGUUUGUUUGUCUUUUGCAUAAAUAUAUAUAUAGUAAAGCCAAUUUAACUUUGCUUAACUCCGGCUAAUUUAUAGAAUUCUCUGUCUGAUA